AUGGCUAUUUACUUAUUUGAUAAAAAAAAUCCAACAUAUAAAAAAGAAGAAAUUUUUAACAAUGAUGUUAUUAAUGAAACACCAGAUUUUCAUUCAUUUAGCAAUUAUUUUGCAUCAAACAUCACAAUAUUCUGCCUAAUUCAUACAAGUCCAAAAUAUAAAUAUUCAAGAGCACUUCCACAAAAAAAUACUUGGUUAAAAAGAUGUACAAAAUAUAUUUUUGUGUCAAUUGAAAAUGAUCCAGAACUUCCAUCUAUUAAAGGAAAUGAUUAUGAUGGACAUGAAUAUUCUAAUAUUCGUAUGAGAUUUGGUUUACAAUACAUUUAUGAUAAGUAUGGUGAUAAAUUUGAUUGGAUAUUUAAAGCUGAUGAUGAUAAUUAUGCAAUAAUGGAAAAUUUAAGGAUGUUUUUAAUGAAUAAAAAUCCAGAAAAUGACUAUUAUUUUGGAUUUCCAUUGGUAGAACCAAAUCAUAAUUCAGGUGUUGUUGCAUAUCAACAAGGUGCAGGAUUUGUUUUAAGUAAAAGUUCAUUUAGAAAGCUUGUAACUAUUGCAUUUAAAAAUCCAGAACUUUGUAGUAACCAACCAGAUGCACCUGAUGAUGUUGAAUUUGGGAGAUGCCUUAAAAAUAUAGGAAUCCCAUUGUCAGAAUCAAGAGAUAUUAAUGAUAAACAACCUUUUAUUGCAACAAACAUUGAAGAAGCAAGUACUUUCAAGAAAAAAUUUAGAUGGAAUUGGUUUAAAACCCAUUCAACUAAAGAAUAUCCAAUGGGAUAUUAUGCAUUGUCAACUUUUCCUAUAAAUUUUCAUUAUGUUAGUGGUGAUAAUAUGUAUGCAUAUGAAUAUGUAUUUUAUCAAGCAAAUGUAGCUGGAAGACAAAAUCCAAUGUUUGAUUCAUCUUCAGAAAAUGAUAUUGAAACAAUUUAUAAACAGGUUAAAGAUUAUUCACAAAAAAUCUAUAAGCCAUUGUAG